GGGAUUGUUGCCAUUUGUUCGCAAAACUCGCCUCAGUUGCAAACUUUGCCACCACCCUCAUAUGAUGAAAUCCGUGAUGCCGUUUGUGGCGUCUUUACUGGCCAUAAUCAGUCCCCCACGCGAGAGACAUCGAGAAAGAUGCGAGUGAUUCUUGUCACCAAGACUAUUGUGUAG